UGUAGUGAUUCUUGUCAUCCUGGUUAUCAGAAUAUAAGGAAAGAAGGAGAGAAAUUUUGCUGUCAUGAUUGUGCUUUGUGUCCGGAAGGGAAGAUUUCAACACAGAGAGAUAUGGAUGACUGUUUCAAAUGCCCCGAAAAUGAAUACCCAAGCAGAGACCAAGAUAAAUGUAUUCCCAAAACUGUAACUUUUCUGUCUCUUGAAGAACCUUUAGGGAUCAGUUUAGCAUCUAUUGUUUUUGCUUUUUCCCUGGUCACAGUUUCAGUGCUAGGGAUUUUUAUUAAGCUGCAAGAUACACCCAUAGUCAAAGCCAACAACCGGGACCUCACCUACACUCUCCUGUUCUCUCUCCUGCUCUGCUUCCUCUGUUCUUUACUCUUUCUUGGAAGACCUAACCAAGUGACCUGUUUUCUCCGCCAGCCUGCUUUUGGCAUCAUCUUCUCAGUGGCUGUUUCUUGUGUAUUAGCCAAAACCAUCACGGUGGUUGUUGCUUUCAUGGCCACCAAACCAGGGUCUGGCAUGAGGAAGUGGGUGGGGAAAAGACUGGCCAACUCCAUUGUCUUUUCCUGCUCUCUUAUUCAAGCCGGCAUUUGUGUGGUGUGCUUAGCAAUCUCUCCUCCAUUCCCAGAUCUGGACAUGGAGUCCUUAACUGGACAGAUCAUAGUGGAAUGCAAUGAAGGUACUGUCGUCAUGUUUUAUCUUGUCCUGGGUUACCUGGGACUUCUAGCUAUCAUCAGCUUCACUGUGGCUUUCAUUGCCAGGACCUUGCCGGAUGCUUUCAACGAAGCCAAGUUCAUCACCUUCAGCAUGUUGAUUUUUUGCAGUGUUUGGUUUUCCUUUGUUCCAACCUACCUGAGCACCAAGGGGAAAUACAUGGUCGCUGUGGAGAUUUUCUCCAUCAUAGCCUCCAGUCUUGGGUUACUGGUCUGUAUCUUUUCCCCCAAAUGCUACAUAAUGGUGUUUAGACCUGAUCUAAACACCAAAGAGCAGCUAACAAGGAGAAAGAAUUAG